UUAUUUUGCAAGGUGAAGAAUAAGCGCGUCGAUUCUACAUGAUAUUCCGGCGAUAGUCGUUGGCAGCUCAGCUCUGAUCAGCCGCUCGUCACUGAUCGGCGAGACGUUUGACUGCUAAAUCUCAGCUGGUCAACCGUUAGAUUUCUGCCUGUCAAACUUCAUUUCAGAGCACUGAGAGUGAUUCGAAGAGGAGUGCUAAUGGCUAUUGCCUAGGGCUAGGUUAUACUGCUUUGCCUCGUAUCCGCGCCGUGGAUUCAAUAGUAACAAUGUUAUAUUGGCUCGGUCUUCUCUGCUUCGUGGCGUGUCUUCAACUCUCUCUCUCAGGACAGGAAAACUCUUUUGAAUCAGUUCCUGAUCUUGAGAAGUCCAUGUAUGUGGCCAUUGAUGGAUAUCCAUGCGUACGACUGCUUAACAUUUCUGGGGAGAUUGGCUGUUCGAACCCUGGCCGUGGGAAUGUUGUUGCUCCAGUUGUUAGGUUCAAGGAUACAAUUAAGUUGGACAAACAAUCUGCUAUUUUGACUUCACUUGAAGAAUUUGAUAGCUUUUUCACAAGAUUUUCAAGUGAUCCAGAUUUUGCAAAGCAUGUAGCUGGUAUGUUAGUUGAAUCAGGUACUCGGUCUACAAAUGAAUUAAAAGGAUUUUCACCUGACAAAAAGUUUCCAUUGGUGGAAUUUGCUCCUUACAAUAGUGGCAGUUUUGAGUGGAAUCCAACUGGAUCUGGUGUUAUGUGGGAAGCUUAUAGUUUUCCUGUAUUCUUACUUUCAGAGAGUAGCACACUGACAUUGAGGGAGGUUGCGAUAAAAAAUGAGAAGAGGAAGAAUUCAUAUACUUCAAAUGUGGUUGAUUUUGAUUUAGUAAUGCAGACAACGAAGUCUGGAACUCGUGACUCAGAAUCAUGUCUUAGACAACAAACCUGCCUGCCAUUGGGUGGAUACAGUGUCUGGUCAGCACUUCCACCAAUUAACUUGUCUUCAGAAAAGUCAAGGCCUGUUAUAUUAGCAGUGGCUUCUAUGGAUUCUGCAUCUUUUUUUCGUGACAGAAGUAUUGGUGCAGAUUCGCCCAUAUCUGGAUUAAUCUCACUCUUGGCUGCAGUAGAUGCUCUUUCACGUUUUGAUUACUCAAGGGACUUCAUUAAACAGCUUGUAUUUGUGGUUUUCACAGGAGAAUCCUGGGGAUACCUUGGUAGCAGGAGGUUUCUUCUUGAACUUGAUCAACAUUCAGAUGCUGUUAGGGGUCUUGACUUUUCAAUGAUUGAGACGGUACUGGAAAUUGGAUCAGUUGGGAAGAGUACUGCUCAGGAUGUUACGACAUUCUUUGCUCAUACUACAGGGGGUGCUUACACAAAUGAAACUUUGAAUGCUUUGUUUCAUGCUCAAGAUUCACUGAAGACGCAAAACAUUAAGAUCUCAAAGGCAAAGAAAACGAACCCUGGGUUACCUCCAUCUUCAUUAAUGGCAUUUGUGAGAAAGAAUCCACAAACUUCUGGCAUUGUUUUGGAAGAUUUUGAUGAUGCAUACAGGAACAAAUUCUAUCACAGUCACCUUGAUGAUCAAUCUAAUGUUAACUCUUCAGCCAUAGUGGCAGCUGCUUCCCUUGUUGCUCGAAGUCUCUACGUCCUUGCCAGUGACAAAAAGGAAGUUAAUGCUUCACUUCUGACCACUAUUAAUGCAAAUUCCUCCUUGGUUGAAGAACUUCUCGGUUGUCUUUUAAGUUGUGAACCAGGCUUAUCAUGUGGAUUGGUGAAAAGCUAUAUUGCUCCCUCUAUGAGUUGCCCGAGUCAUUAUGUAGGUGUUAUCCUUGGGGAACCUUCCUCUGUGCCUUAUCUUGGCAAUGUGGGGGAUGUAUCUCGGUUUAUAUGGAAUUUUUUGGCUGAAAAAACAUCUAUCCGGCCUACAAAUACCAGUUCUGCUUGCCCAAAAGAUUGUGGAAGGGAUGGGGAAGCAUGCAUCCAAACAGAAACAGAUGGGAAGGGCAUAUGUGUCAUCUCUACUACAAGGUACAUACCAGCAUAUUCAACGAGAUUGAAGUACGAGUCUGAUACUUGGAUGGUUUUACCUUCCAACUCCACCGAACCUGAUCCUGACCCAGUUUGGACAGAGAGUAAUUGGGACAUGAUAAGACUUCGAGCUUACACAGUCCAAGGUGCUUCUUAUGAUCGCUUUGUUCUGCUACUGGGUAUUGUUGUUACGCUUUUGGCUUACCUCAUAAUAGUGAUGGCUAGAGCUUUCAUCACCAAAGCCAUGAAGUGUGAUUGACAGAGUAGCAGAUGUAAUAUAUAUCUUGUUCAAAUAGCAUUUGGUGAAACUCAGAAAUUAGGACACUUAAUACAUUCUUCCCAAGUAGAACUGGGUCUUUGUACUCCCUCGGCUCUGAUUAUUUUGGGUGCUUCUUUAGUCCACAAUUCACCAUUUUAAAUUUAUAGCUCAAAUAUUGUGGAUCAUUUCAUUUUUUUUUUAAAAGUUGCUUUCAUUCAA